AUGGAGACAGAUGGGCACUGGUCACUGCCUAGGGCCAUGUCUGUGGUUCUGCUUAAGGUGGGGAUUGGGAUGAUGUCCAUGGCUACAGUUGCCAUUGAGGGCUCUUUGGAUGCCCAGGGUCUGUUGAGCUUUGAGAAUCUUCCUCAUUUGAUGUCACUGGCAUCCCAUCUUGCAUCUCAUGGGUUUUUUUGCCUAAGAUUUACUUGCAAAGGCCUUAAUAUUGUACAUAGAAUUAAGGCAUAUAAAGCAGUUUUGAAUUACCUAAAGACCUCAGGAGAAUACAAACUUGCUGGUGUUUUUCUUGGAGGUCGUUCGAUGGGCUCAAGAGCAGCUGCUUCUGUAAUGUGUCACACUGAGCUAGAUGACACUGAUGGUUUUGUUCGAGGUCUUAUUUGUAUUUCUUACCCACUGCACCAUCCAAAGCAGCAGCAGAAACUCAGGGACGAAGAUCUCUUUCGUAUAAAGGAUCCUGUACUGUUCGUGUCAGGUUCAGCAGAUGAGAUGUGUGAAAAGAACUUGUUGGAGAAAGUGGCACAGAAGAUGCGAGCUCCCAGUAAAAUCCACUGGAUUGAGAAGGCAAAUCAUUCCAUGGCAGUGAAAGGACGGUCAACAAAUGAUGUCUUCAAAGAAAUAAAUACACAGAUCUUGUUUUGGAUCCAAGAAAUCACUGAAAUGGACAAGAAAUAAUUGUCAUUAAAAGCCAUGUUAUUUUGAAUAAAAGUAUGGUUAAUUUGAUAAAGAACAGUAUACCUCUCAGCAUUGUGAGAUAUAUUUCAGACUAAUGUUCUUUAAUGUUGCCCUAUUUUUGAAACAUGGUAUUGUGGAAAUA